UCGAUCACAUAAUGGCCACGGAAUUCUUGAAAAAAUAUCAACAGUUGGUCCUGCUGGCCGUUGGAACUCUGCUCCUCCUUGGGGUGACCACAAGCCGGGCUCUGGAGUGCUACAAUUGCGACUCGGCGGAGGAUAGCGAGUGCGCCACCCGACCGGGCCAGCAGCUGGAGGUGGAGGAGUGCCAGCAGGGGAACGAUAUGUGCGUGACCUCCAUAUCGGCGGGCGUGACCCGCAGAGGGUGCCUGGCCCGGCUCUAUCCGAAUGGGUACUGUGCCGCACCCUGUGACCAGUGCAACACGAGUCUGUGCAACCGGCAUGUCUAUCCGGUGGAUCGGUUGCGCUGCUAUCAGUGCAGCGGCUCCGAUUGCAUCGAUGUGACCACCAAGCUGCAUCUCCUGCUGCCCUGCCCCGUCUACCGGGAGGAGGAUCGCUGCUACACCAAUGUCAUGCACUUGUCCAACACCCAGCGGGGCUGCGAGUACACCAACCUGCCAACCACCUGCCCGCACGUCUGCCUCAAGUGCAACUACAACGGCUGCAACAACGAGAAGACCGUCACCGAGUCCCGCUGCCUCCAGUGCACCCACCAGCGGCUCUCCCCCAAUCCCGACUGCCUGCGGAAUCAGCAGCCCGAGGAGGAUGAGUCCACACAGUGCUCCCUCAGCAACGUGACCGUCACCCAGUGCGUCAACAAGGUGAUGUACGGACACCGGGAGAACUGCUAUACGCAUCGCAACACCCAGACGGAGGUACUGCAGCGCGGCUGCUCCACCACCAUGGGCUUCUUUCCCACCGGCGAGCUGAGCGAGUGCUUCGGUGAGAUGUGUAAUUCCCAGUGCCAGGACAUUGCCUGCGCCGUCUGCAACUCCACCGCCGAUCCGGGCUGUCGGGCGGGCAGGAGUCUGGUCACCGAGAAGUGCGCCGAAGGCACCACCGCCUGCUAUUCCUGCGAGCAAGAUACCUUCUUGCGACGUGGCUGUGCGGAUGCCAACUUCACGCCCUCGGCUCUGGGCGAGUCCUGCCAGCUCUGCCGCAGCAGCGACACCUGCAAUCGCUACUCCGUACGCAGCUGCUAUCGGUGCAAUGGACAGGACGAGGACACCGACUGUGCGGCCAUGGACCUGCCCAGUGCCAUGACCACCAGCAACUGCUCCAGUUCGACGGAGUUGUGCGUCAGCACGGUGGUCAGUCGACUGGAUGGCAUUUAUACGGUUCGGGGAUGUGCCGGCGAGGUGCCGGAAUGUUCGCUGAACGAUCCGUACUGUGUCCGUUGCAACGGAAGUCUGUGCAAUGUGGCAGCCACGUUGUGGCGGAAGAGCCAGCUGCAGAUGUCGGAGCAGCCACAAAUUCCGGAUAACUGGUGGUCACUGUUGGAAUACUGGUGGUCCAGGAAACUUCGAUGGAUCAGAUAGAAGUUUUAGUAUUUAAUUAAAUGAUUCAGAGAAAAA